UGGUGCCACGUUGAAUGGUUUUCAUGGCGUCGUCUGAAAAGUCCUGUUACGUGGUUGUUUUGGACAUGAGUGGUGUGUGCGCUUGAUCAGUCUGUGCUUCUGAAAUAUCACGGCAUUUCUGAAGCUUUCUCGCGGACCACAUUCGGGAGGAAUAGGAAUUGGCGUCUGGUCGAGAACGGCUGAUAGUCCCGUGGCUUCGCUGCCCGUCGCAUUUGGAAAAAAUAGCAUCUCGUUCAUUGAAACAUUACAUCAAAAUGGGUGCAAAGAGUCCAGUCAGUGAUAAAGAGCUGCUGGUGGAUAUGGAGAGCAACAUCAAUGUGGGAACUAAAAGGGUAACUCUCCUGGCCCAAUAUGUCAAGAUAACAGCAGUGGUAGCUGCAUACUGGGUGGUGUCCAUCACCAUGGUGUUCGCCAACAAGACGCUGUUAAGCAACAAGGGACUGACGGCGCCGUUCUUCAUCACCGGCUAUCAGUGCCUGGUGACGGCGGCGAUGUGUGCCCUGCUCAGCACUGUGGGCCGCUUUCUGCCCGCCGCCGCCUCGCUGCCCGACCCUAGCCCUCAGCCGCGCGUCCUGCUGCAGGUUCUGCCGUUGUCUUUCGUGUUCGUCUGUAUGAUCACCUUCAACAACCUGUGCUUGAAGAACGUGGAUGUUUCGUUUUACUACAUCGGCCGUUCCCUGACCACUGUGUUUAACGUCAUCUGCACCUACCUUAUUCUAGGUCAGAAGACGUCGGUGCAGAGCAUCGUGUGUUGCGGUGUGAUCAUCUUCGGGUUCCUUCUCGGCGUCGACCAGGAGGGGGUCGCCGGUUCGCUGUCGAUACUUGGCGUCGUGUACGGCGUGCUGGCCUCUCUCUUCGUCUCCCUGUUCGCCAUCUUCACCAAGAAGGUGCUGCCCGUGGUGGACGGCAGCGUGUGGCUGCUCACCUACUACAACAACAUCAACGCCUGCCUGCUGUUUGCGCCGCUGGUCUACCUGUCGGGCGAAUGGACCCAACUGACCCACUACCGCGGUCUGGCUGAGCCCCAUUUCUGGAUCCUUAUGACUGUCGCCGGAUUGUUCGGCUUCGCCAUCGGCUACGUCACCGGUCUGCAAAUCCAGGUGACCUCGCCCCUCACGCACAACAUCUCGGGCACGGCCAAGGCGUGUGCGCAGACCGUGCUGGGCUCGUGGUGGUACUCGGAGGCGCGCUCUCUCCUCUGGUGGACCAGCAACGGCAUCGUGCUGCUGGGCAGCGCCGCCUACGCGCGCGUCAAGCAGCUGGAGAUGGAGGCGCGCCAUCACUCGGGCGCCAGCUAGAGCUGGAGAUGGAGGCGCGGCACCACUCCGACGCCAGCUAGGGGCCACGCGGCCGCGGUGGCCGGCGGCGAGGCCGACCCAGACACACGGACGGCACGUGCUCUUCACAGGCCGGCCUGGCGUGGCGGCAGGCGUUGUGGGUUCCGCCGUUGCGUUUUUUAUGUGACGCCUGGGAAGGUCAGUACGCGGCGUUGUUUUAUUUCUAGCCUAUUUAUUGUUGAGGAUGAGUAUGCGCGGUGCUCAUCGGUCCCGCGAUCGAUGCGUGGCCAAACGCCAAAGGAAGAGGCGUUGGCGACGUGCUGCAGACCCGUCGGCUCACGGUGCAGCGCCAGCGCCCUGCGUCGUUCGUGUGGCCGGUGCGGAAACUGUAUGGCCACGUAUUGUGUCGAGUGUUUCAUUGUGUCGUCGUCUCUGUCGUGUCGACUCUUCAGGUGAUGCGUGUCCAUCUGCACUUAUGUAAUAAAUGGGGCAAAGUAG